UGAACUGGGGAUUAGGCAUUCGGAUCUCACUGAGCUAAACAAACAGAGAUAAAGGAACCGAGGACUGGAAAAAGCAGUGCGUCAAAAAAGGAGGAGGUUUCCAGAUUCAGAACAUGCAAAAGCAGAUGCAUCUGUGGAUUGUCUGGGUCUCGGGUGCGACGUGGCCUUUGUCUCCAACGUUCAUAUUCCUCCAUGCCCAACGACCUGAAGCCUGAUUGCCUGAAUCGCCGAAGGUGAAGCUAAGUAGGAGUAUUUUACUUAUACCACACAACACAGCACUCCACUAGCCACUAGGCAGUAGCAGCUGCAUUCAUCACUCCAGCUUGCUUCUUCCCAGCUGCAGACCAAACCAAAAGACCGUUCCUUGAACGCCGUGUCCAACUCCACCUCCCUCUUUUAAAAUCCCACACCCAACCGGCAACCGCACACCAAAAAGCCUACCCUACCACUCCGACCGACAGACGACGAGCGAGCGCAGCCCAAGCCCAAGCAAGCAGGGCACGGCCAUGCCCGUGGCCCAAUCCUAGGCGUCCAUUUCGUAUUCCACGGCCGGCGAAGCAGCAGCAGCAGCAGCAGCCAUGGUGGCCGGCAGGGUCAAGGCGGCCAUGGGCUUCCAGCGGAGCCCGGCCACGCCCAAGCCCGGGGCCUCCUCCUCCUCCUCCUCCUCGCGCAAGGCGCCGCCGCCGCUGCAGCUGCCCGGGUCGGCCGCGCUGCCGGAGACGCCGCGCCGGAGGUCCUCGGGCUCUCCGGCGCCGCCAGGCUCCGGGUCCAAGGGCGGCGGCGGCCCAUUCUCGCGCUACUUCCCGCGGUCGUCCGCGCAGGUGCAGCCGGCGCGCGCGUCGGGCCAGCCCGAGCCGCCGCCGCCGCCGCCGCCGCCGCCGUCGUGCCCGGGCCCCGCCGCCGCCGCUGACCUCGCCCGCCUCGUCGAGGAGCUCCGGGAGCGCGAGUCCCGCCUCCGCACCGAGCUGCUGGAGCACAAGAUCCUCAAGGAGACCGUCGCCAUCGUGCCGUUCCUCGAGACCGAGCUCGCCGCCAAGAGCAGCGACCUCGGCCGCUGCCGCGACGCGCUGUCGCGCCUCGAGGCCGAGAACGCAAGCCUCCGCGCCGAGCUCCACGCCGCCAGGGGCAGCCAGCAGAGGGUGGUUCAGCUGGAGAAGGAGCUGGCGGAGGUGAAGAGGCACCGUCGCCGGGACUCCGGCCCCGAUGCCGACCGUCACGAUGAUGACUGCUCGUCGUCGGUGUCGUCGCACAACUCCGACUCCGAUCGCUCCAAUGCGCCGACCAACGCGGUCGUGCCCGGGCUGUUGAUCGUCCCUCCUCCUGCUCCUCCUCCUCCUCCCCCGCCGCCGCCGCCGCCUUCUUACAAGUCCAGGUCCUACUUCUCUGCCUCGUCGCGCGCAUCGCCGGCCAACUCCUCCUCGUCCAGCUCCACCUCGUCCGCGCCAUCGACGCCAACCUACUCUUCAGACACCGCGGCGUCGCGAAACCGCGUGCCGGAGCUCUCCCAGCUCCCGCCGAUACCCGCCCCACCCCCGCCGCCGCCCCCACCCCCGCCACCGGCAAUGCCGGCGCGCGGACGCCGCAGCGCGUGCUCGUCACCUUCGACCUCGAGCGGCAGCAGCGGCGGCGGCUGCGGCAGAGGCUCGGGGCCUCCUGCGCCGCCGCCGCCGCCUCCGCCUGCGGCGAGGAGGAGCUCCAGAGCUUCGUCCCCUGCGGCUUCGGGAACGGCCCCGGCGCCCGCCCCCUGCGUCAGGCGAGUCCCCGAGGUGGUGGAAUUCUACCACUCGCUAAUGCGGAGGGACUCCAGGUCUAGGGACGCCGCCGCUGCCGCCGAAGCUGGCGCCAGUGGGGGUGCCGCCGCCGCGAGGGAUAUGAUCGGCGAGAUCGAGAACCGCUCUUCUCAUCUUCUCGCGAUCAAAUCAGACGUGGAGAGGCAGGGCGACUUCAUCCGGUUCCUGAUCAAGGAGGUGCAGGGCGCGGCGUUCGUCGACAUCGAGGACGUGGUCACCUUUGUCAAGUGGCUGGACGUCGAGCUCUCACGUCUGGUGGACGAGAGGGCGGUGCUGAAGCACUUCGACUGGCCGGAGGGGAAGGCGGACGCGCUGCGUGAGGCCGCGUUCGGGUACCGCGACCUGAAGAAGGUCGAGUCGGAGGCGUCGUCCUUCUGCGAUGACCCCCGGCAGCCCUGCUCUUCUGCUCUCAAGAAGAUGCAGGCCGUCUUCGAGAAGUUAGAGCAUGGAGUGUACAGCCUUGUGCGUGUGCGAGACGGCGCAAUGAGCCGGUACCGUGGGUAUCAGAUCCCAUGGGAGUGGAUGCAGGACACUGGAAUUGUUAGUCAGAUCAAACUGCAAUCAGUGAAGCUGGCAAUGAAGUACCUGAGGAGGGUUUCCUCAGAGAUUCAGGCCAUACAGGUCGGCCCUGACGAAGAGGAGCUGGUGCUUCAAGGAGUCCGAUUUGCCUUCAGAGUGCACCAGUUUGCAGGCGGUUUCGACGUCGAUACGAUGCGCGCCUUUCAGGAGUUGAAGGAGACGGCGUCAGCCUUUCAGCAGUGGGGAGGCCAAAACCAACACCUGCAUCAGCAAAGGCUCGCUGGCAGAAGUUGAGACGCAUGUAUUUAUAGCAAUCCGUUACUACAGGAUAGUGGAAGCAUCUAUUUACCUGGCCAAAUGCUCCACUCCUUUUCUUUUUUUUUAACCUUCCCGUCAAGAAGCUAUAUUUCGACAGAUUCUUUAUUAUUUUUAAUAUGCAUAAGAGCAUGCAGAAAGACGCUUAGCGUGUCAAUACCUUGCGUGUGGGCUAUCAUUUACACGCUCCUAUGAGUGAUUAACUCGCAUCCAUCGAUGGACAUUUCUCUC